UUGCCUUCAGUUGAAACACGGGAUCGCCUUCCGUCUUUGAGAAACCGUCAUUUUACUGAACACAGGUCUAAGAUAAAGUUGAAGAUGACACCACAACGCUUUGCACCAAAACGAUCACACACAGUAGCACGAGGCUGCACAUCCACACGCACGGGCGCGCUCUCCUCGCGCUCGCGCGCGGAGACACACUGGGCGCUGCUCUUUGAAAUCCACCUGUCCGCGUGUCUUCCUGCGCCGCUCAGCCGCUCACAGGUUUGACUGGGAAACCAAACAGCCGUUUAUUAACGCCGUGCUCGCGAGGAGCUGCUCCCUCGGCGUCGUCGCGGUGCAGCAAACACAGCAGGGCUCCUUCUGCGGCUGCAUGAAUGGAUUACCUAAUUCCCCUGUCCGGAAUGGUUUUGCGCAGAACCUCCUCACGUCAAAUUCCUGGGAAAUUCCCGUUGCUUUGCUGUGAUUCCAUCAGCAUUUUCCCAACACUGUGUGUACACUUAUCGCUGACCAUGUCACGCGCACUGAUUUGAGACCAGCUUUUGGCUUCAGGUGCAUUGCCGCCGCUGGCUGGAUGCAAGACUGAUCAUUUUUAUAUCCUUUGUUUGUUUUUUUUCCAUGCAACAAUUUGUGACAAAUACUGUGAAGGGCAAAGUCAUGGUGCCGGUACCGCCUCAGCUUCUCUUGGCUUCGUGAGAACUUUCUUCCGUUUUUUUUCCUUUAGAUGUUUGUCAGUGGGCUCGAGCUUUUUUGGGGAUUAUCUACGUUUCCCCUUUUAACUAUGUUCACUUUUGCUGCCUUCUGCUACAUGCUCUCUCUGGUCCUCUGCGUGUCCCUGAUCUUCUUUGCAAUAUGGCACAUAACAGCAUUUGAUGAGCUCCAGGCUGACUUCAAGGUGCCGAUUGAUCAGGGAAAUCCACUCCAUGCGAGGGAGAGACUGAGAAACAUUGAGAGGAUCUGCAACCUGCUGAGAAAGUUGGUGCUACCAGAGUACUCCAUUCAUGGGCUCUUCUGUAUCAUGUUCCUUUGUGCCCAGGAGUGGCUGACUGUGGGCCUCAACAUCCCCCUGCUCUUCUACAACACAUGGAGGUACUUCCAUUCCCCAACAGACACUAAGGAGCAACUCUACGACCCUGCUUCCGUGAUGAACGGCGACACACUAAAGUUCUGCCUGAAAGAGGCCUGGUGUAAGCUGUCCUUCUUUGUCCUCUCCUUCUUCUACUAUCUUUACUGUAUGAUCUACUCCUUGGUUACCUCAUAAGAAUUGAUUAUCAAAUGCAGAGAAAUAGAACUCUGGAUGCAUGUUCUGCUUCACAAUAUGAAGAAGACUUAACUUUAUAUGAGAAGUAAAGGCUGAAUCUGCUGUUUACAGUUUGCCUGGUCGAAGCGAGACCCCAGUUAAUCACUGCCUGGCCAACGUUUGUACCGCACACACAUGCAGACAUGGCUUCCUCUGGCGCCCAACUGUAGUGACUGUACAGUGCUGGUAGCUCAGAGGACAAAGCACAUAGUAGUGUUUGCACAGUUCGUCUCAGGCACAGCAUGGUGAAGCACUGUCCAACACAGAACAGCUCACCAACCCGCAGUCAUUCCUUGUCUACAUCUUGUCAACGGUAGCGUCACAGGUGAAUCACAAACCAGGGAUUAAUGAACGAGUGGAUGGAUGGAUGGAUGAAUGGAUGACACUGUACAAAAAGGAGAAAGGGGCUGUGGGGGUAGCGUCGGAGCAGAGAAUCCUCCUUACAUCCCCUUCGGACGGCACACUUAAUCCAUGGCCUGUGGACUUCUCUUUCUCUCUAAGAUUAUGUUAAUGGUUUGGUGAUGUGUGCAUUUUGGUGUAUUCAAUAUCAAAAUGCAUUUCUUAUUGAUCUACAGCAAAGGUAUUCUAUACAGCAAAUGCCUUCUUAGUGUUGUCCUAGUGUUGUUCUAUUGUGGGAAACAUUUUUAUAAGACUGUAAUGUUAGAAAAAAGACAAAAAGACAAAACCUGUUUAAGUUUUUGUAGUAGAAGAGCACACAUUCUUUGCACAAAUGGUGUCUUUGAACUUGCACAAUAUUUGCAAUAUUUAACUAAAUUUUAGGGAUACAUUAAGAUAGUCUAGCCAGACAGGUGAAGGUCUUCCAACAAGUAAAGAAUCGUCCCUCCUUGUUUGAAGAUGCGGACAAUGUGAAUCUUUUAUAACUGUAUUUACACUAUGGACCAAAUGUUGUCUUUAUGUAUUUCAGUUUAUUUGUUUAUGUAUAUUUGUGAGAUACUUCUAAGGCACUAUGCUCUUUUCAAUAAAUAUUACUUUUUGUUGUAGCCAAACCACAAUAGCACAUAAUGACUAGUGAAUAAAGCAAAAGAUAGAAAAGGUGGGUAGUAUUAACACAUCUCUGUCCCUAAUUGAACUAAAAGCAACUGUAGCAGAUGAAGGAGAUAUGUAAGAAUCUGUCUAACUGUGUAAUGACUCCAUUAAGAGUUUCAACAAGAAAGGUGAUUCCUCCAUAUGCAGAUCAGAGUUCAUCAUCCCUGCAACUGGGUGGGUGAUUAGAGUCUUGAUCAAGAUAUUUCUACAUUGCAGGAGACAACACCUGCAUAAUCCAUGUGUAGCACUGGCCAUUUCUAGAGCUCCACCUUUAGCCUCACUCAAUGAGCUCACUUUGUAAGGCAAAACUCCAAGAGCUGAUACUGUAGGAAUGCCCAGUUCUUGUUGUUUUCUCUUCUUUCAAUGGUUCCUUUUCUAUCUUUACUGUGUAUGUAUCUAACCAAGUAAAAAUACUGAAAAUAAUAAAUAAAAUAUUUUAAAAUGAAA